AUGUCGUGCGAGGCAGAUGGAAGCGAACCUCUGCAGUACAGUUGGUACUUCGGAAGGGACAAGAUAGUGACUGAUAACAUCAAAUACGUCGUAUCCACGGACAAGCUUACUGUCAAGAACAUGGACCUGGGAGACAAAGGGGGUUACCGGUGCAUCGUCACAAACAGACAAGGUUCGGGUACCACCUCAGUUUCGCUAAAAUCGAAAGGACCAAACAUUGUGAUCCCGAUCAGCCAACAGAACGGCAUGGAAGGAUCCAGUAUCACCAUGACAGUAAGGUGGGAGGGGCUGCCCACCCCUACUAUGGAAUGGAUCAAGCAGGGUGAAGUGAUCGCGAGUAGGACACCAGAAGGAGUUGUCCAAACAACUAGUCCAAGGUAUACCGUGACAAAAGAAGGAUAUCUGACCAUCACUAACCUGGUUCCAGAAGACGGAGGAAGUUACAGCUUCAGAAUCCAAAACGUCCUGGGCAGUAGAGACACAGCUGGGAGACUAUACGUAGCAAAACAAUCGCGUAUUGUACAAGGCCGUGGACCCACAGAUAUCAACAUGGAACAAGGAGGUACUGUAACUAUCCCGUGUGAAGGACAGAUAGACUCCCUACUGGAAAGUGUCAACACCUGGUAUGUGGACGGCAGGAGAAUCGACUUUGAGAAGGAAUCUUUCAACUACAAAAGAGGUCCUAAAGGACAACUGAUCGUCAAGAACGCAAACGUGAUGAUGCACGAUGGAGAUUACACAUGCGCACUGGCCACUACUGCAGACGAACAGACUGCAACUGGCAAGGUCCGGAUCAAAGGUGGGAUCGACCUUGAUGUCAUAUAG